AUGUCAAAUAAAGCAAAGAUUGAAGUAUUUCCAGAAUUAGAAUCAGCAACUGGUCAAAUGAUUAUUAUUGAUGAACAAACAAAGAAAUGUGCAAUCUUAGAUUCAGUAUUAAAUUAUACACAAAACAAUGGUAGAACCUCAACAAAGGAUGCAGAUAAAUUAAUUGCCUAUAUUAAAGAGAAUCAAUUGGAACCAGAAUGGAUCUUAGAGACACAUAUUCAUGCCGAUCAUUUAUCAGGCGCACAUUAUUUAAAGGGAAUCUAUCCAAAUGCAAAGACAGCAAUUGGCGAGGGUGCAAAAAUCGUUCAAAAAACAUUCAAAACCAUAUAUAAUUUAGAACACACUUUUCCAACUGACGGCAGUCAAUUUGAUAAGUUAUUCACAGAUGACGAAAGAUUCACGAUUGGUAGUUUACAAGUUAGAGUUAUAUCAACACCAGGUCAUACACCAGCAUGUGUAAGUUACUACAUUGAAAACGAUUCAGUAUUUGUUGGUGACACUAUGUUUAUGCCAGAUGUUGGUACUGCACGUUGCGAUUUUCCAAAUGGUUCCGCUGAAACACUAUGGACAUCAAUGAAAAAGAUUUUAGAAUUACCAGAGACUGUCAAAGUUUACGUUUGCCAUGAUUACCCACCUCAAGAACGUGGUAUCACCUUUUUCACAACAAUUGCUGAACAAAGACUCUCUAAUAAACAUAUCAAAGAUUCCGUCACUAAAGAUGAAUUUAUCAAAAUGAGAACUGAAAGAGAUGCAACCCUCAAAGCACCACAAUUACUCCUUCCAUCAAUUCAAGUUAAUAUUCGUGCUGGUGAAUUACCACCAAAAGAAGAUAAUGGUAUUUCUUAUAUUAAAAUCCCAUUAAAUUAUUUAAAACAAUAA